AUGAGUUUUGCUUCAAGCCCACUCAGUCCACCAGGCAGCCGCAGUGUUCUGGAGCAGAGAGAACGAUGGGAGAGGAAGCGGAUUCUCGUGGGCCGCGAGCUGGUUCAGACUGAGCAGCGCUACUGUGAACAAUUAGACCUGGUUACUACGUACUUUGUAGAGAUUCUGAAGGCCAAGGGAACCCUGAGGCAGGAUAUUAGAGAAAGCAUCUUCAGUUCAAUUAAGUCCAUUCAUUUAGUAAACCAAGCACUGCUGGCCCAUUUGGAGGAGGGAAAGUUUGGGCUUGGUUUUGAGCAGUUUUGUCUCAAUCUUCAGUUCUACACUGCCUACAUAGAUAACAUCCAUACUGCAAACAAAGUCCUUCUGGUGCAACUGAAGAGAAAUAAGGCCUUCAGACGAUUCAAGAAACUGCAGGAGUCCAGGCCUGAGUUCCACAAGCAAAAACUGGAGGACCUCCUGCCAAUACCGCUUCAGCGUAUUCAGCAGUACAAGCAUUUUUUGAGGGACCUGACAGAGAACACCAGUCCAGACAACCUGGAGUUUCAACAGCUUUCAAGAGCCGUUAAGGCCAUCUCUGAAGUGGCCCAGCGGAUCCAGGACAAUGCCCGCAGCCACGAAAACCACCUGCAGCUGCGCCGGGUGCAGAAACUGCUGAAAGGCCGAAAGACCAAGGUGCUAGCUCCAGGAAGGUGGUACAUCAGAGAAGGCUGGCUGAAGACAGUGCCCCCUAAAGGAACGGAGACCAAGCCCAAGAUGUUCUUCUUAUUCUCUGACAUUCUGCUGCAGGCCAAGCCGUGCAGCCCAAUGCACCCCACCAAUGGAGACAAGUUUGCCUGCCAACGUGUCUACCCGCUCAAAGAGUGUACUGUGGACAAAGUGUUUGGCCACACCAAAAGCCAAGGAGGACUCAUCAGUCUGACCUUCACCAAAGCCAAACUCCUCCUCAUGUCCAGUGAUCAGGAGGACAUCAACGACUGGUAUCGCAGCCUGUCCUUAGCAAUCGGGCAGCUGAAGACUAAGAGUACAGUGGUGCACAGGCGUGAGGAGCUGCGCAGGCAGCCUCUCAGGUCCGCUCCAGACGACCAGCAGACCACACCAGCCUCCCAGCAGCCCCCCAGCAGGAAGAGGACCAUGGUCACGGAGGAGGUUGGAGAGGGCAGUCGGUCUUCUGGCGGCCCCACUGCCAGAGAGGAAGAGUGCCAAAGCAAAAAGAUGAAAUUAUCUGAAACUCCAGCAGCUGGAAGUGACGAGUCAUCUGGGUUCGGCUGUAUCAUUCUGUGA